AUGGCUGAGAAUAUUUUGUCCAAUUCAACGGCAGAUAAAGUGGUUGAGAAUGUUGAAAAAGUUGCUAGUGGGGUUGGAAAAGUGGGCGGCAAGGUGGUAGAUAUGUUACAAGAGGCCGUUCAGACAACGGUAUCUGAUACAGAUUCAUCUGGUCUUGAAGAAUUUUCAAUAUUGAAUUAUUUUUCAAGUUUUUUUAUUCAUAUAGCUCUUAUUGUUAUUGUUAUCGGUUUAAAAUGGCAAUAUGAUAGAAAUCGUUAUCGUUAUCCGAAAGGUCCACGUGAUUGGCGUCAUAUAUCCGAUGCAAUAUCGUUUCAUCGUAAAAAACGUGAAAAUUUGUUAGUAUUAGCAAAUGAUUAUCCACAAAUGUGUACAGUUGUAACACAUGUUGGCAGAGUAAUAUUAUUGAAUGAUCCAUCAUUAAUUAAUGAAAUAUUUAUUGGACGAGCAGAUUUAUGCAGUAAUAAAAUUGAUAGUUAUCUCGAAAAUCAACUACGAUAUAAAACAGGAAAACAUUUACGUACAGGGAUUGUUUUUCGUCAUUAUGAUCAUAAUGGACAAGUAAUUCAUCGUUCAUUAGUCGAACAUGUUGAUCAAAUUUUAGCUCAAAAUAAAUUAGAUCAAGUUAUACAAGAACAAUUUGAACAAUUUCGUUCCUAUUUAAGUUCAAAUUCGUCUAAAUUUGAUGUUCGACGUUCAACAUUUCGUUUUGCACUACAUAUUCUCACUCAAUUAUGUAUUAAUCGUACAUUUAAGUAUGAUGAUAAAGUAUUUGAAACUUUUACAAAUAAUUUGUAUAAAAUCAGUAAAACAAUUCAUGAAGAUACGGUAGCUAAAACAUCAAAAGUAGCAUUAACACAACUAACUGGUCUAUCCGAAACAUUGGAUAUUAAUGAGACUGUUUUAAAUUAUAUUCAAGAAUGGGUGAAAGAACGACAUCCAAAUGAAACUACUGAUGAUUCACAAGUAACCAGUACAUCGAGUGGUGAUAUAUUAGAUUCUAUUAUAAAAGUUGUUCCAACCGCAGCACCUCAUAUUGAUAAUGAAGAUGUAGCAGCUAUGAUAUUAGAUGUUGUUAUGCAUGGAAGCGAAAUGUUAAAAGGAGCUUUAACAUGGCUAUUAUUGUAUGUUGUAAAAUAUCCACAUGAAGCUAAUGAAGCGAGAAGAGAAGCAAAAUCACAUGGGUACUCAAAAUUUAAUUUUAAAAAUGCAGAUAAAUUAACGUAUUGUCAGGCAUUUGUUAAAGAAGUUUUACGUAUGUCACCUGUUGUGCCUGUUGUUAUCCAUUCAACAUUACAAGAUCUUAGAUGGCGUGAUUUUCAUAUACAAAAACGAACGUUAUUCGGAGCGAAUAUCUAUGCUUUACAUCAUUCAGUACAAUGGUCUGAACCAACCACAUUCAACGUUCAACGUUGGAUUGGUGAUAAUGCAGAAAAAAUCUCUCUUAACAAUUAUGCUCCAUUUGGUAUUGGACCACGACAAUGUGUUGCAGAAAAAUAUUUAUUCUCAAUAUUAACCGGUUUAUUUGCUGUAUUAUUGCAUAAUUUUAAUUUUGAAAAAUCUGGUGCAAUACCCGAUCCAGACGAAGGAACAUUUGGUAUGGCAAAUUUACCACCAUCAUUUUCACUUUCAGCUGAAGAGUUGGGCGCCCACUAG